AAGCCACCCUCAGAGAACAGUUUGCGGCGGCAAAGAACAAAGAGAAGGAUGCUGGAGAAAUAAAAAAGGUGAUUACUGCUUGCGCCGCGUCAAUAUCUACUGGUCCAGAAAAGUUGGUUGAUGCGGAGAUGGGAAAAACUGUAGAAGAGCACGCUAAAUCUGGUGGAGAUGCGAAAAACAACAUUCAGAAUCGACUAACCACAGCAACGACCACCACGAAUACACUCAUCAACGCCGCAGAUCAUGCUGGGGCUCCAAAUAGUAUACUGGGUGGAGUAAAUGAUCAAGGACAAACAGUUCAGACCUUCAAACUGAAUCCGAAUGCGAAGCCGUUUCAGGCAGUGGCAGGGCCACUGGUCUACUAUGUUUCAGGAAAAAACAACGCGGCCAACAAUCAAGUGCAAGCCCAGAAUGCAGG